AUGCCUUCUUUGCGCUCCUGGUUCAACAUCCCCAAGGGAUCUCAUUUCUCCCUCGCCAACAUCCCAUUUGGCAUCAUCUCCACCUCUGCCAAAGCAUCCCCCCGAGUAGCCAUUGCAAUUGGUGACCAUGCCCUGGACCUGGAUGCGUUUGCUUCACACAACGGCUUCUCUGCUCUCUCCACUAUCCAACCGCACCAGCAUGUCUUCUCCGAGCCCACGCUGAACGCCUUUGCUGCGCUGGGCCGCCCUAUCCACAGCGUAGUGCGCAAAUACAUCCAAGACAUCUUCCUGGAAAACACGCCGCACCCGUCCAUCCUCAAGGACAACGUCUCGCUGCAGCAGGCGGCGCUGGUGCCGCUCAAAGAAGUCAAAACGCACCUGCCCUUCCAGAUCGGCGACUACACCGACUUCUACGCAGGCCUCAACCACGCCUUCAACGUCGGCGUGCUCUUCCGCGGCGCCAGCAACGCCCUGCAGCCCAACUACAAGCACCUGCCCGUCGGCUACCACGGCCGCGCCUCGUCCGUCGUCGUGUCUGGCACGCCCAUCGUGCGCCCCAGCGGUCAGAUCCUCGCAAACCCGGCCGCCGAGGUCAAGACGCCCAUCUUCUCGCCGUGCCACCGUCUCGACAUCGAGCUCGAGCUGGGCGCGUUUGUGUGCAGGAAGACAAAGCUUGGCGAGCCCAUCCCAAUCGACGAGGCGGAGCAGAGCUUGUUCGGUGUCGUGCUCAUGAACGAUUGGUCGGCGAGAGACAUCCAGGCGUGGGAAUAUGUGCCGCUCGGCCCGUUCAACUCGAAGAACUUCGGAACGACCAUCAGUGCGUGGGUCGUGCUGGCGGAUGCGCUUGAGCCGUUCUUGGCGAAGGGCUUGGAGAGUGACACGGAAGUGUUGCCGUACCUGAAGGAGAAGAAGGCUGAGAACGUAUAUGACAUCAAGCUGCAAGUAGAUCUCAAGACGAGCUCCGGAAAUACAUCUACCAUCAGCAAGACUACGGCAAGAAAUCUGCUGUUCUCGUUCCCGCAGAUGUUGGCGCACCAUUCUAUCACUGGAUGCCCGUUCAACGUGGGAGACUUGCUCGGCUCUGGCACCAUCAGCGGCAAAGAGCCGAAUGAGAGGGGAAGUCUGUUAGAACAGAACGAAAACGGCAAGACUACAGUCAAGCUUGCUGGUGGUGAGGAGAGGAAGUUUUUGGAGGACGGAGAUGAGAUCACUAUCACUGGCGUAUGCGGAGGUGACGAGGAUGCGCUGGUUGGAUUUGGAGAGUGUGUGGGCAGGAUCGAGCCUGCUGUCAAAUUCCCAUUCUGA